GUGAAGAAACAAAAGAAAAAGGAAGUCAAGAGGCCAUUCCCGAAGUCAAAGAUCAAGGAGAUGGCCUACUUGGGAAGCUACAAGCUGGACGAUGGAAAACCUUACCUGAACAACUGCUUUCCAGCCAAGAAUCUGCUUCGGACAACAGAUAAAGGCCGAGGACACUGGUUAGUGGCUCGAAAAGGUAACCUCAAGAAUUCUAAGGGCACAGCAAAAGCACCUGCUGGGGGUCAGCACGGCCGGAAGAACAUUUCUCUUGAGGUCCGAGGGAAUCAAGAGUCUCAGCAGCAAAGCCAAUUAGAUGUUUCUGGACACAUCCUGGACCGGGAUUUUCUGCUGAAGCAUCACUGUGUACGGAAGCCAUCGGACCUGUGCAGCAUUAACGUGUGCGGCCUCAAGUUCAGCAAGGCUAAGGAAAAGGAUUUCAAGAAUUUUCAUUCUGUGAUUUAUAUCAAUGCCUCAGAAAACACACUGCCUCUAGAGGUGUUUAAUGCAUUUCCAGCUUUAAAGGAACUGGAGCUCGCCUUUAACGGCAUCAAAACAGUCUACGUGAAAUAUGGAGACUUCAGGUUAUUGGAAUUCUUGGACCUUUCCUUCAACAGCCUGACCACAGAGGCCAUCAGUGAUCUAGGAAUUCUGCCACGCCUCCGGGUCCUGCUCCUCACAGGCAACAACCUCACCUCCCUGCCACCCGAUUGGGCUGUCACCGAGCAGGAGGCAUCUGUGACAUCGCUGACCAGCAAGAGGUACCUGCUGAGAUUCCCGGCGCUGGAGACCCUGAUGCUGGAUGACAACAAGCUGUCCAACCCCAGUUGCUUUGCCAGCCUGGCUGGGCUCCGGAGACUGAAGAAGUUAAGCCUGGACCAAAACAGGAUUUUCCGGAUCCCGUACCUACAGCAGGUUCAGCUCCGCCACAGGUCGGGGAACUGGGCUGGAGGCAGAGCAAGUCCCCAGAAAGAGCCCCGACCCGUGUCACAGCCCAGGCCGUGGAUAUAUGACGCCUCCGAUGAGCAACCUGACUAUACUGUGCUGCCCAUGAAGAAGGACGUUGACCGCACAGAAGUUGUGUUCUCAUCGUACCCUGGAUUUUCUACCUCAGAGACAACCAAGGUCUACUCACUUCCUCCCAUAUUCGAGAUCCUUCCUGUGAAGUCUCUGAAGGCCAGGAACCAGACGCUGGCCCCACCCUUCCCGGAGCUGAGGUACCUUAGCCUGGCCUACAACAAGAUUGCCAAGGAGGAUGCUCUCCUGCCAGUAGCUCUCUUCCCAUCACUCUGCGAACUUGUCUUUCAUAACAACCCUCUGGUAGCCCACACACGAGGAGUCCCUCCACUGCUCAAAAGCUUUCUUCAGGACCGACUGGGGAUCCACUUGAUUCGAAAGCAGCCAGUAAAAGUUAAGCAUCAUAUGUUGAUGCCCCGGAAGGAGUCGCGGAAGGUGAAAACCCAAGUCCCAAAGGUGCCGAAGCAGCCUCUGCUGCUGCAGCAUCCGUGUGCAAGGACCCUUAAGUCCUCUUGGAGCGACCUGCUGGAGCCAGAAGCUGACCUGGCCGAGGAGCUGCCUCCAACUCACGGUGCUGCCUUGGAGCCAGAGGUGCCCCUUGAGGGCCUGGACAGCCUCUCCCUGUCCCACCGGUCCUUUGUGCCGCUGCCUCCCAUCUGCUCUGACUCCACCCUACACAGCGAAGACUCCGUGUCCCACCACAGCGAUGCAGCUGGCCGUCUCAGCCCAGAGCACCUGUCAGAUGAGGACACCAAGAGCACAGCGUCCAUCUUCUUAACCCAGGUGAGCGAGCUGCCUUCCCCUGGCACCCCUAGGGAUGACUCUGAAGUGAAGGAGGAAGUGCAAAGCGGACAAGCCGUGGUGCCCAAGGAAGCGAAGAAGCCCCAGAGGAAGCUCUCAGCUGCCUCUGUGCCCAGCAAGUACCGUGGCUACGAGGAGCUGCUGACAGCCAUGCCAGACCCGACCUUUGCGGAGCCCAAGGGAAUCCAGAAGAAUGUGCAGGCCCUGCAGCACAUGCUGAGGCACCCGCUCGUCUAUCGCUCCUCCAAGCCCAAGCUGGACAGUCUGCAGAAGUUCUACGUCCCCAGGGAGAAGCGUGCCCACAGGGUCCCGAUCCCACCCCCAAGGAAGACUCGAGCCCAGCUGCUGGAUGACCUCCUCAUUCGCAUGCGGGACCCCCGAAAUAUCACCGAGGCUCCCCUAGGUGCGGUGCUGCGCCGGCGGACGGAGCAGCGGCUGGUGAACCAGAAGCAGUACCUGGAGGCCAAGCGGCUACUCAAGGAGUUCCGGGCACGCUACCGGCAGCUGGUGCGUGGCUCCCUGCGGACAGUGUUUGGGACCCAACCACCAGCCCCAGCCCGCCCAGCUCUGAGCGAGGGGCAGCGCAACUUGGGCCGCUUUCUUGAUUUCAUGGAUGAAUUCUGCCAAGAGCCCACAGCCGGUGACUCGAAACGCUAGGGCUACACGAAGGGCCCCCGCGCACCGACCCUAC